AGAUGAGGGCUCUACUGAGCAUGCGUCAGAGAUGCUAACAUCUCUGGUUAGCUCCAUACAUAUAGCUAGCUAGCUGGCGUUGGUAACUGAAGUCUCUUGUUUGUUUCGUAGUGAUUUCACGUUAAUGUAAUGUAACUGUGAGAGUCGGAACGGCUGCGACGCCUCAAUGAUUUAACGGACACAUUUUAAAGAAGCUAACACUGUUAGCCCAACGGCCGUUAGCUCGUUGUUGUUGUUGUUGAUGAUGAGGCUCAUUUAGCUGCAGUUUAGCUACAAGCUAGCAGCUACCGGUGUGCCAGGUGUGCCAGGUGUGUGUGUGUGUGUGUGUGUGUGUGUGUGUGUGUGUGUGUGUGUGUGUGUGUGUGUGUGUGUGUGUGUGUGUGUGUGUGGUCCAGGAUGAUAAAGUUCGUGCUGAUGGUGAACCGACAGGGUCAGACCCGUCUGUCCCGGUACUACCAGCCGGUGGAGCUGAGCCGCCGGGCGCCGCUGGAGGCCGACGUGGUCCGCUGCUGCCUCAGCCGCAAGAAAGACCAGUGUUCCUUCGUGGAGUAUAAAGACUUCAAGCUGGUGUACCGGCAGUACGCCGCGCUCUACAUUGUGGUCGGAGUCUCCGACAGCGAGAACGAGCUGUCCGUCUACGAGCUGGUUCAUAACUUUGUGGAGGUUUUGGAUAAAUAUUUCAGCCGCGUGAGUGAACUGGACAUCAUGUUUAACUUGGACCGGGUCCACAUCAUCCUGGAUGAGAUGAUCCAGAACGGACGUGUGGUCGAGACCAACCGGAGUCGCGUCCUGGCGCCGCUCGCCGCCCUCGACAAGAUGGCCGACGGCUGAGUCCUCGACAAGAUGGCCGACGGCUGAGUCGCUUCACGCUGGAAGGGACGCGGCUAUUAUCCGAGACAAAGGCGACGCCACAGCCGGCCUUCGUGGCCGUCGCCUUGGUGCGUCACGGCCUUUAGUUGCAUGUAUUUUCCCGUGAGAAUAUGUGACGUUUUUCAUUAAAAGAAAUUUGAAAUGUCACAUAAUUUGGGAGAAUUAUUUCCAUAUUUGUGUCUAAAACGUUGGAAAAACUGACUUUUUUCUCUUGUAAUAUCCCGACCCUUUUCCUUAAAAUAUUCCAACUUUAAAACAAUAAAUAAACGACCAAAAUAUUCCAACUUCUUGUUGUUGUAAUAUUCCACUUUUUAUUCGUCUAAAUCACGUGUCAAACUCGAGGCCCGU